ACAAUUUCCUAACUUUGUUUGAUAAAAAUUCCAAAGACCCAACCCAAAUAUGGCUUGCAAAUUUCUUUGCCACCUAAUCAUCUUCGCCAUCAUCACCUUCGUCGUCCAAGUGUCAGGAUUUUGUGGACUUGAUAGCGUUACUCUGCAACAAUCCAAGUCCGGAAUGGUUAAGAACAAACCAGUGUGGAAAGUGACAUUGAUGAACCCAUGUAGAUGCCCACUCACUAACCUAAAGUUGUCGUGCACUGGUUUCGAAUCGGUUGUACCCGUUGAUACGUUGACAAAAACUGGCGAUGUGUGUCUUCUCAAAAAAGAUAUACUUGGAACCUUCGUUUUCACAUACGUAUGGGACACUAGCUUCGAGCUCAAGGUCAUUAGUGGGACUAUUAAGUUCAAAGUCGUUAAUGGGACGAUCACUGGUUGUACAUGAAGCUUUCUAGCCCAACUGUUUUCGAGUUAAUUUGAACUUGGUUCAUGUUGAUUUAGUUUAUUUUGAGCAUAUGAA